GUUGCUGUACUACAAGGAGAGCGGGCACUGAUACCUUGUUAUAGUACAGCUGGGGCAGAGUCCCGGCAGACUCUGGUGCUGUGCUUUAUCAUUGUACAGGUGGGAUACACUCUAAUGCAGGGGUGGCCAACCCGUGGCUCUUGAGCCGCAUGCGGCUCUUUUUUUUUGUUAAUGCGGCUCCCGGCUCCCUGGCUGCCAUUGCUCACCAUUACACACAUGAAGCCUCCUCUGACUGACGUUCAGCAGUUCAGAAGAGGCUUCAUGUGUAUCUCAGCUCAUCUCCGCGCGUGCAAAGUGACUUCAUGAUGUCAGAGCCGCACAGCGCUUGAGAGGCGGAGCCGCGAGGAAGACGGACCUCAGGAGUGGGAAGACUGCAGACAGCUGGCGCCCAGAGAAGGGAGAACGAUCGACAAGGUAUGCCAGAAGGGGUCGCCAAAUGAUUGGACUUCUCCAGGUCGAAAGUAUCUGAUUGCUGCAGAAGUGAAGUCCUCCUCAACGUUGUUGACGUAAGGUGUCGGUCUAUUGUGUGCAUCUUCUCUCUAUGGUGAAUGAAUACAGUUUGCCAGCAGUUAUGAUGUCAGCGCCCACACUGCAGUUCCAGCUGCACGUGCCCUUCCCCUGCUCCGGAGAAGCCCAGAUCGCUCACGACACGUUGUGCCCGGACGCAGAGCCCAGGAAAGGAGGCGUCAGCAAGACGUUGAGCGUCACAGACAACGUUCUCCAUGUACACUGGCAAGCAGAUGAAGCCCGCAUCCUCCGAGUGUCCGUCAGCUCUUUCCUAGAGCACCUCUCACUUGUGGUCCAGACAAUGGACAGAUUCGGCCCUGCAGUGUCCGACUCCUGACGCCCUCUACAGGCACCUUGCUGCGCUGAUGACGAGUCCUUCUGUUGGGUGACACCCUGCAAAGUACAGCAGCCUGCUGAGAUGUAACGCCAUUGUCAGCGCCUAGUAGCACAGAGACUCUUUCUUGUCGCGUGUAAUUAGAUCUGACUGUAAAAUAUUUUUCUGUAGAUUUUAUGUAAAAUAAAUACAUUUCUUAUGUUUAA